UCUGUGACCAGCCAGAGCAGUGAGCAUCCUGUGGAUGAAGAUCCGUGUAGAAAGCUGCAGGUCCUUGAAGCGGAAAUCACAUCCUUAAGGGAGGAGAAGAUUGAACUGGAGAAUGCCCUGGAAGAACUGGACACACAACACUGCCAAGCCCAAGAGCAGUUGAUUCAACAACGAGAUCAUUUAAUGGCACAGUUGGCAGAGCGUAGUGCUUAUAUUCAGCAACAGCAAGAGGAGAUUGAACAAUUAAAUAACUUAAUCACAGAACUUAGAAUUUCCAGCCAGGCUGGUCAGUCAGAUGGACAACAGGGUGCAGAGCCUGCCUACCAGCAGGAGCUGAAUAUGGUAGAGAAGUGUCGGCAGCUGGAGACUCAGCUCGCAGAAGCCGAGCUAAGGCAGAAAGGAUCUAGUAAAACACUGGAACAAGAGAUUGUAGACUUGAGAGACAAACUUCAUAAGGGAGGUCUGGUGAUUAAUGACUUGCAUAUGGACAAGCAAGAGCUUCAGGAAGAGCUGAAAACUGCCAAGGAAGAAACAGCUGCCAAGGUGGCCAAAAUAAAAGAAAUGAGAGAAGUGCAAAUCAUUCUUGAGAAGGAAAAGAAAAAUCUUGAAGAAAAGAUUUUAGAAAUGGAAGACAGACUGUCGGAGAUGGAAGAGGAAGUAGAAAAAUGGCAGCAGAUGAAUGAAGACAAGCAGAUACAGCAGAUGAAUGCCUGGAAAGAGCACGAAGAGUUAGAGAAAUGGAAAUCACAGGUAGCAGAACUAGAGACAGAGAAGAGGCUGUUUAGUGCACAGUUCAAUAGGUUAUCUUCAGAGCAGUCUUGUUCAGAUUUUUCUUUCGAAGAUCAUGCUUUCAGAAGCAUUCUGGAAGAGGAGGCACGAGUAAGAAGAAAGAUUGAAGAAGAUGGAAGUGUCAUUCAAGACCUGAAAGCAGAGGUACAGAAACUAUAUGAUAGUAAGCAGUCUUUGAAACGAGAAAUCAAGGAGCUACGCAGUUGCCAAGAGGUCUCGGCAACUAAGAUCACACAGUUAGAACAAGAACUGGAGACAUCAAAAACAGAAAUGAAUUCCAUAUAUGAGGAGAAAUGUGAAUUAGAGAGACAAUUACAGCGGGAGGUUGCAAAAGUUGAGUCACUGAAAAUCCAGAUUGAUGACAGCAGUGGCAAACUUAAAGAGCUGAAUGAGCAAAACGACAAUCUGCAGAACAGGUUAGCUCAGUCUGAGAAUGAGCAAUCUGGUCUGAUCAGAGAAACUGAGAGUCAGCAGAGAAAGUCUGAAGAACAAGAAUGUGGUAGAGGAUUCAAAGAGAUAGCAGACAGUAACAGAGAAGGGGUUAACAAGCAAGAGGUAGGUCUGCUGGCUGAAGGACAGGAACGGUUAAAUAAAGCAGGAUUUAUCAGGGAAGAGCAUGACACAAGAGAAGGUGAAACUGGAUUUUUUGUUGAUAUUUCUACCACUAAACAUGCUACUGUUGUAGAGGAGAACAGCCAACAGCAGUCUAUUGUACAAGAGAACAGCCCACAGCCGGCUGUAGCUGAUAAAGAAUUGUGGACACUUCGUACUAGAAAUGCUUAUCUUGAAAAAAGUCUACUCUUGGUACAGAAAAAUGCAAAAACAUUUCCUAAAGAUGUGUAUGUUGAUGGAAACACUGCUUAUGGGGUAGAUGAUGUUGAUGAAUUCAAACAUGAUCCAGAAAGAGGGAUGACAAAUGUGCCAGAAGACCAUCACUGGUAUCAGACUGUGCAGCAGCUGGAAGCAGAACUGACAGCAUGCAACUGCAAACUGGCUGACUUGCAGCAGCAACUGACUGAAGCUCAUGAAACUAUCAGGUGCCAGUCAGCCGGGAUUGCAGAUUUGAAUGAUAAGAUUGAUGUGCAGAGACAUCAGCUGCAGGAGGCAGAAGCUAACCUCUCUCUUCAAGAGACAACUAUUGCAGUCUUACGGCAGACUGUAGUGGACAAGGAAGAGACAAUGAGUGAGCUUGGGAUGAGAUUGAGUUUUCUGAUGACAGUGUUAACUGAUCAGCAGAAAGAAUCUGUGAACAAUUAUGCAGAAGUCAGUUCAGUGAUACCUGCACUUGAAUACAAGGAAAUUCCAGCUAUUGAAUUCAUUGGUGAACGCUUUAUGGAACAUUCGUCUCAAUUUCAGAAUCAACAAAAGCAGCAGUCAUCAAAUGUACAGGAAUCUGUCCACUUAGAGGUCAACGGUAGUAUUCGUGGUGAUGACAUUGAGGAUGAUGAUGGUGCAUCAGAAGAUGAUGACAGGUUUGCUGGACUUCAGAAAGAGGUGGAUGAAUUAAGAGAUCGUUUGAGGGAAAAGGAUGUCAUAGUUACAGAGUUGCAGAAAAGUAAUUGCUCACUGUUGGCAUUGCUGGAGAAAGGGGGAAGCUCAUUGGACAAGAGCUUGUUUAACCAAGUAACUGUUCACAAAAUGGAAUCAGAACUUCGCAGUUUGAGAGGUGAGAAAGAGCAAAUGGUUGCUAUGGUGACAGAAAAAUCCAGAGAGAACUCCUCCUUGAAGAGUGAGAUGCAUCGGCUGAUGGAUGUUUUGUCUGCCAGACAGACAGCUAUAGAGAAGCUUCAGGAGGACAACAGAAACCUAGAACAGCACAAGUACUCCCCUGCUCGAGAUGAUGGGGAAGACGACAUGCGACGUGAGGCCUUGGCAAACAUGGCCAGGCUAGUGCGAGACAGAGAAACAGAGAUAGAGGCUCUGAAGCAGAAGAAUGAGACCCUGCUGGCUGUCUUGCAAGAAUCCGGAGAAUCAGAAGCAGCUGCUCACCUGGGACCUCUGUUGCGGGAUAAAGAAGCUCUGAUGCAGCAGAUUUCUGCACUGAUGUCUGAGAGGGAACAGUUGAUAGCCUGUGUCACCCAGAAACAUUCAGAAUCCCUGGCAUACCACGCUGAAGUUCAGCGACUGACGGCCCUUUCAGUUGAAACUCAGGCAACCAGUGAGAGUAUUCAGAGAGACUAUGCAGCUCUCAUUCCCUUGUUUGAAGAUAAAUCCCAAGCCUUACUUGCAGCACAGAAUGAACUCAUCAAAUACAAACAGAAACUGGCAGACCUUGAAGUUCGGCACGGGGAGCUCAUACAGAAAUCCAGCAGCCAAGACCAGCCCAGUUGUCCAGAACUGUCAUCUUUAGAAAGUGAAUUAAGCAGACUGAGAUGCACAGAGUCAGACCUGAGAACAACAGUUUCUCAGCAGGAGGGGAGAAUCCAUGCACUGACACAUACAAUUAGUACUCUUGAAGAAAGGCUCACAGCCAAGGAGUCCGAGUGUGCUAUUGUCAAAAGACAGAUGGACAGUUGCAAGUUCCAGAUUGCAGGUUUGUUGGCUGAGCUUUCAGAGAUGAAGGCAGAGCGAGAACAAAUACAGGAAAAGUCAAGUGCACAGGAUACAGAGUCUGCCAGUCUGAGGGAGGCAUACAACAGGAUGUGUUUGGAGAGUAGAGACAAAGACAUUGAGGUUGCCUCCCUGAGGGAGCAGGUCACUACGUUAACAUCUCUGCUGAGUGAGCAGCAAGGGGACCAGGGGCAGGUUACUCAGCUCAUGGAGGAACAUGAGGCAGUCAUGGCUUCAGCUCGCCAGCUACAACAGGAGAGGGACCAGCAAAUCCUUCUCACUGAGCACAAGUCACAAGAGUGCAGUAGCCUGAAAAAUGAGAUUGCUUAUCUGAAGGAAAAAGAUUUGCGGCAGAAGAAGGAGCUUGAAAGACUGAGGUCGCAUCUAUUAGAGAUUGAGGAUGGCUUUACAAAAGAUGCUCUUGAAGCAGAGGAGCGAGAGAAGGAUCUGCGUAACAGAUUGGCUGUUGCAGAGGAACAGUUGAUGUCAUCAUCUUCAAAAGUGGAAAAUGCACAGAAAGAGUGCCACCAACAGCUGGAGAGCUUACAGCAACAGCUUCAUCAUGUGGCCAGCCAGAGAGACUCUGCCUACAUGCAAGUGGCCAACAUUCAGGAGCAGUGCCAACAGUAUGCCACUUCCCUCAGUAACUUGCAACUUGUUCUCGAGCACUUCCAAAAAGGGAAAGAUUCAGCCAUCACCAUGGAAACAGAACACCUGCAGAAUGAAUGUAAAGUUUUGAGAAUUGAAGUGAAGGAGCUUCAGGCAGAACUGCAAGCUACAAGAGGAGAUUUGUCUGAAGCACUGGAUGGUCUGGAAGCUGCCAGCAGACUUAGCGAGCAGCUGGACAGAAAGGAAGAAGCUCUGGUGGCCCUUAAAGAGGAAGUUCAGCUACGAGAACAGGCCCUCUAUGCAGCAGAGGAAGAAAUUCGACAGUUAAAUUCCAGCACUGAGGCCAAAGUUGAUAAAACCCUGAUGCACAACAUGGUGCUGGCCUGGAUGUUAUCUCCCGAGGACAAACGGGUGGAGAUUGUACACCUCAUGGGCAACAUACUCAGCUUCUCAGAUGAAGAUUUCCAGAAGAUCGAGGCAGCACACCAGAAAGGUGGACUUCUAUCAGGACUGUUUCGAAGGACUCCAGUGACACCUUCAAGACCAAGUUCAGCAAACCAGUCUUUUUCUCAGCUGUUUGUCAAAUUCCUGGAACAAGAAUCCUCUCCACCACCCUCACCAGUACGACUCCCGGCUGAAGCAAUGGCAGCAGAGACACAACACCGCCACAAGCCCUCAUUCAAUCCCUUUAUGGCCCCACGUCAUGUCACACAAGACAGUCGCAGAGCCUCCUCCCCGUCAUCCCACAUCCUCAUGACAUCAGACUCACCCACAUCCAGCCCACUGUUUGCACCUCUCACCAGGGCGCCUAGUUCACAAGAAAGUGCCAUCCUUAAGGACGUCUUGGGCAGUAGGUGA